GACUUGAAGAACCAGCAGUGUCUAUCUCUCAUACCAGUCAUGUCCAUGCUCGACGAAGAAGUGUACGAAGGUCCCAAUUUGAAUGUGAUUUUGACAUGUCCAGAGUGCAAGCGCUUUCCUCCUGAGUUGGUUGAGAGGUUCAGCGAGGGCGAUAUUGUCUGUGGAUUGUGUGGAUUGGUGCUCUCUGAUCGUUUGGUCGAUACAAGAUCUGAAUGGAGAACCUUUUCCAACGACGACCAGAAUGGUGACGAUCCUUCUCGUGUGGGAGAUGCCAGCAACCCAUUGUUGGAUGGUGACCAGCUCUCCACUGUUAUUGGCUACGAUUCUCGCGACAACAAGUCCUUUUUAUCGUUGUCAAAGACUCAAAGGAAAAACGUUCUUAAGAAGGAAAACGUCCUUGAAUCUGCCUAUGCGAGAAUAUCCCAGAUGUGCGAUGGUUACUCCUUACCCAAAAUCGUUCAAGAUGCUGCAAAGGAAAUCUACAAGCUAUCUUAUGAAGAAAAGACCUUGAAAGGUAAGUCCCAGGAAUCAAUCAUGGCUGCUGCCAUUUUCUUGGGUUGUCGUAAGGCUAAUGUAGCCAGAACUUUCAAAGAGAUUUGGGCCUUGACAAAGGUUCCAAAAAAAGAAAUUGGUAAAGUUUCAAAAAUAAUUAAAAAAAUUAUUGAUGAAAAGGCCCUAAAGGACGGUACCACUAUUGUUCCUGGUGAUCAAUUGCAAUCCACUCAAACAACUGCUUCGGAUAUUAUUAGAAGAUUUUGCUCAAAUCUUGGAUUAUCUGUUGAAGUUACAAAUGGUGCUGAGUAUAUAGCUAGAAAAGCUAACGAAACCGGAGUUCUCAGUGGUAGAUCACCAAUUACAAUUGCAGCUGCUGUCAUUUAUAUGGCAGUUAUAAUUUUUAAGGCUCAUGUACAACCAAUACAAAUUUCUGAUAAAACUGGGGUAAGUGAUAAUACUAUUAAGAAUAUUUAUAGAUUCUUAUACAUUGAAAGGGAGAAAUUAGUUGAUCCUGCCUGGAUUAAAAAAGGAAUGGUUGAUUUAAACAACCUUCCCAAUAAUUGAAUAUUAUUGGUAUAGGUUCUAGUAAUCUCUUCAACUCAAGGAAAGGUACCAGAUUAUGGGAUCAUCAAUAUUUAAUUUUCAUUCAUUGACGCUAUUUUUUUAAUCAAAUCUUUUAAAAAGAUUAUUGAAAAAAAAAACAAUCUAAAAAACCUAAAAAACAAAGACUAAAAAAGUAUAGCAAUUAUAGUAAUAAGUGAUUUGUUUGGCGUUGAAAUAAAAUUUGGUUUAUAUUAUAAUGUAUCUUGAUAAUACAAAACAAAAUCAGGAAAAUUGUAAUUUUUUCACUCUCUUAAUAAGUUUUUAUUAUAAUGCAAAUAUAAAAAUUGGUCAAAAUUUUUUUUUUUCUCAUAGGAAUUGUU